AUGCUCGAACGAGGAGUAACUACACCUCACUUGGAUCGAUACACGUCAAAGUUGCUGGGUUGGAAUAUUUUCCGCCGAAGGAACAAGGGGCCUGUAUCUGGAGAAGCUCCGCGGUUCUGGAAGACACCAGGCAAGUUCCCCACCAAAAGUUCUCAGACACUCGUCCAUCCGCUCUCAGCUGUCGCUGAUCUUGUUAUCCUCCUAGGCUGGAAUCCCUCUACAAACUCGUUUGUUCCCAAUAAUUUGGAAAUCUUAGCUUCUUUACACCCUCGACGCAACUCCCCUGAAUUUGUGGUCCCGUCCGUCAGUCCCCUGUCACUUGUAGGCGAGAUGACCUCACGCAUCGACAAGACGAUUGCUCGGCAACGCGAGAAAAUCGCCUCCGGUGCUUACUACGAAGCUCACCAACAACUCCGUGUUAUCGCAGCGCGAUACAUCAAACAAUCGAAUUAUGAAGCCGCUGCUGAAAUAUUGGUUGGCGGUGCGACUGCUCUUCUGAGAGCUGGAUCUCAGCAGGGCGCUUCUGCGAGUGGGGGAGACUUGGCUAUUAUGUUGGUAGACGAGGUGUACACCAAGGCGGGGUGGGGGAUUACUGGAGGAGAUGACGAUGCGGAGGGUCGAGCCCGAAAGAAGCGCUUAAUCGAGCUUCUGCGCGAAUUCCCGUCGGAAGAGCCCACGAGGAAGAGAUUCAUUCAAGAGAUGAUCGGCUGGAGCGGACGUUUCGGUCCUGUGGAGAGAGGAGAUGCGGAGCUGCACCAUGCAGCUGGUUCAGUAUACGCUGAAGACAAUGAGCCAUAUGACGCCGAGAAGCAUCUGAUCCUUGGAACCUCCGAAUCCGCCGAGACACUCGCGAAGCUCGAGUACGAGUGGUACACGAACGACGAGCCUCAUACGGCGGCUAUUUACGCCUCGCGUGCAGUCUUUCCUUACCUGUUAGUCGGCAACCUCCGGAACGCCAACAAAGCCUUCCUCAUCUUCACCUCACGGCUCUCUACCUCAAAUGUGUCCCUCGGCGUACAAGAAGUCAGCAGCGCCAGCUCCGAUGUUCGAGUUUUCCCGUCUCUGCCUUUGCUGAACUUCAUAAGCAUGCUGCUUCUCACUAUUCAGCGAGGCAGCGCAGACCUUUUCAAGCAGUUGACUGCCCAUUACGCAUCGCAGAUUCAGGAAGUGGGGAUCUGGGAUGAUGCUUUGUCACAGAUAGGCGAGCAAUACUUCGCGAUCAAAGUUCCGAGACAAGGUAACCCACUUCUGGAUAUGAUGGGCAGUAUGCUGUUCGGAGGUCAGAACCAGGGCGGAAGUAGGAGGACACCCCCGGGACGGAGUCAGUCGAAGACCGUGGAGGCGCCGCCGGCCAGCAUGGAGCUCGAUUAG